AUGACAGAGAUUAAGAAGGAGGAAGAUAAUUUUCUUAUUAAAUCAGAAGUGUAUUCAAAUGCAGUUUCUCAGUUGGAUUGUCCCAACCAGGAGUCAGCAAUAGCUUGCCACCAUUCAAGCCGAAAAUCAAACCUAAGUAAACAUCAGAUGAGUCAUACCGGUGAAAAACCGUAUAAAUGCUAUGAAUGUUCCUUUAGUACUGGCUGGAAAUCAAACCUGAUUCGACAUCAGAGGACUCAUACCGGUGAAAAACCGUAUAAAUGCUCUGAAUGUUCCUACAGUUCAAAUCAAAAAUCAAACCUGCUUUACCAUAAGAUGACUCAUACCGGUGAAAAACCACACAAAUGCUCUGAAUGUUCCUACAGUUCAAGCCUAAAACCAAACCUGCUUAACCAUCAGAUGACUCAUAACGGUGAAAAACCGUAUAAAUGCUCUGAAUGUUCCUACAGUGCAAGCGUAAAAGGAAACUUAGUUCGCCAUCAGAAGACUCAUACCGGUGAAAAACCGUAUAAAUGCUCUGAAUGUUCCUUUAGUACUGGCUUGAAAUCAACCCUGAUUCGACAUCAGAUGACUCAUACCGGUGAAAAACCGUAUAAAUACUCUGAAUGUUCCUACAGUUCAAGCCGAAAAUCAAACUUGCUUAACCAUCAGAUGACUCAUACCGGUGAAAAACCAUAUAAAUGCUCUGAAUGUUCCUUUAGCCGAAAAUCAAACUUGCUUAACCAUCAGAUGACUCAUACCGGUGAAAAACCAUAUAAAUGCUCUGAAUGUUCCUUUAGUACUGGCUGGAAAUCAACCCUGGUUCGACAUCAGAUGACUCAGACCGGUGAAAAACCGUAUAAAUGCUCUGAAUGUUCCUACAGUUCAAUCAAAAAUUCACUCUUAGUUCGCCAUCAGAUGACUCAUACCGGUGAAAAACCGUAUAAAUGCUCCGAAUGUUCCUACAGUUCAAUCCGAAAAUCAGACCUAAGUAAACAUCAGAUGACUCAUACCGGUGAAAAACCAUAUAAAUGCACCGAAUGUUCAUCCUGUUCGGAGACAGAUGCUAACUCCAGUUCCUUUCUCUUACUCAAUGUUAUCGCGGAGUGA